CGAAUACUAAGCUUGGUGAUACUUUCCCUUUCUUCCACAAGAUGUUGCACGAAUCUCAGGUUGCUUCGAUGUGUCGCACGUACCGAGCAAGGCCUUUCACAUGCUCGCCGGGCUUAGCCUCCAUACCUACCAGUGACCGCAUCAUAUGCCGGAAGCCUCGCGCGAGCUUUGCACACAGACUUUUGCCCUCACGACCUGUAGUAAAGUCCAGUAGUAUUUGCAAUAGUUUGUAGAGUGUAAACUGGUUCUCGACGUGUCUUCCAACCUCGACUGCAGCUGCCUAUGACGCAGUUCUGUAUGUGCUAAUUACUGCAUGGCAGCACUAGACACACCUUGGCUAGAGCAUAUGUCCAGCCCUUCAAAAUCCACCAACGAUGCGUCGCCGCAGCCCUCCGGCGACCCCAACCCGCCAACCUAUGCCACCUUCUCGCCCUCUAACAUAGGGCAAGUAACGCCGCAGACGAAGCUCCGUUCCGCCAUACUCGUGCACCAGAAGUCGCCUCUACUCGCCGCCACACCACCGCAAGUCACUCGUGUUCUCGCAUACUCGCAUCCGUUCCUUCUGCCUCUGAACAAGCUAGCUGGGCUGCUGACAUGGACAACUGGAGAUCCAUGGGAGAGCUUCAUACUGGUCGCCAGCUUUUGGGCGGUAGUAAUGUAUGGCGAUGCAGUAACAAGAUAUGCUGGGCCAAUCAUCGUAGUGUCUAGCUUGAUCCUGGGCAUGUACGCGCGCAGGUACUCGCCGCUAUCAUCGACAGGGUGGACUGGAGAGAAGGGGCAGAAAGGGCACAAGAGGGCAGAGUCAGACAGUAACAUCAGGCACCAUAAAAGCCUAGAGGAGAUUGUGGAUGACCUGAAACUAUUCACCUCGCGCUGCAACAUUCUGCUGGACCCAUUCCUACGAUUAACGGAUUUUCUCUCCACGCAACGCACCGCAACAUCAGCAACGACACGACCAGCACUUACCGUACUGUUCAUCCGAAUACUCUUCGUCUUACCACUCUGGAUCGCCCUUACUCUCCCCCCAUUCUACAUCCUCACAACGAAGCGAGUCGUCCUGGCCGUAGGAACAGUAGUGCUCAGCUGGCACUCUCGCCCAGCACGCGUAACCCGCACCCUCCUCUGGCGCUCACGCACCGUCCGCCGAAUCUGCGUCUUCGUCACUAGUCUCAACUUCGGCGACGCACCUGCAAAAGGCGCCCAUGCACCACCUCUCCCACCGCGAAAGAAAAGCGCGCAAGAAGUCGCAGCCUCACUUGCCGCCAAGCACCGCCCCGAAUCCACAGGUGUACGCUUCACCUUCUCCAUUUACGAGAACCAGCGACGUUGGCUGGGUAUCGGCUGGACAUCCUCGAUGCUGGCAUAUGAGCGAGCGUCCUGGACAGACGAGCACAUGAACCCCGUCCCAGACAAGGAGCACUUCGAGCUCCCUGAAGUCGAAGGCGGUGCAUCACGUUGGCGUUGGGUGCAGGGUAGCGAAUGGAAGAUCGAGGUUGGCGACCCUGAUAGCAAAGUCUCGAAAACAGCCAGCAAAGAAGAUAUGGGCUGGAUAUACUAUGACAACAAAUGGCGCGACGGCCGAAGAGGCCAAGACGGAUGGGGCCGCUACACACGGCGCCGCAAAUGGUACCGGGACGCGGAACUCGUCGAGUCCACCCCAUCAACUGAGACCACACCUGUACCUACUCCGCGUGCUGAUCCACUGAAUCCCUCUUCACCAGACCCAAACCACCUCACCAAGCUCUCCUCAAACACGUCCACGGCGUCGAGCCGCGACCCUACGCUCGUGCCCAGCGAGUACGCAGCCUCCGUCGCGUCCGAGGGCGCAGGCGACGAUGUAGACGCGGCAAGCACGCAGAGCAAGAGGAGCUGGUUCAAGAAGAAGAAGCGGAGUAAGAGCAAUGCGGGCAGUUUGGGGAAGGAGACGGUGGGCAGUGGCGGGACUGACGGAGGGAGGGAGAGGGAUGAGGACGAUGUUAUGACGCCGUUGGAGAGGACGGCGAGGGAGGAUGAGUGGAGGCUGGGGGAUGAUAUUCGGCAGCAUUUGGAUAUAUGAGGACUGGUUUGAGAGUAUCGGGCAUAGUACACAGGGUUAGUGAUGUGGCAUGGUUUUGGCUUUUUUAGUAUACCCGCUGGAGUUGAACACGUUGGCAAGAUCUGUGGAAGAAAUGGUUACUAUGAACGACAGCGAGGGUGUGCAGGUGAUUGUCCAU